GGUGCUCACCUCAUCCCAGGUCCCGUUGUUGUGACUGUGAGAAGCGAUACCCUUCGCUUCACAGUAGACCAAUAGGGCUCGAAAGGUGACCGUCAACACUGUCCACAUUUUCCAACAGACUAUAGCCGCCGUUGACUCUACAGACAUGGGAAACUCAACAGGCUGCACCGUGGAAGACCUGCAGGCUGUGGAGAAGCACCUCUGGUAUAAGAAGUUCAUGAGGGAGUGUCCCUCAGGUCAGCUCACCCUGCAUGAGUUCAAGCAGUUCUUCGGACUCCGGGGACUGGAUGCUGAGGCCAACGCCUACAUCGAGCAAAUGUUCCGCACGUUCGAUAUGAACAAGGAUGGCUACAUAGACUUCUUGGAGUAUGUGGCUGCUCUGAGUUUGGUGAUGAGAGGUAAAAUGGAACAUAAACUCCGCUGGUAUUUCAAGCUAUAUGAUGUAGAUGGAAAUGGCUGCAUUGACCGAAAUGAGCUGCUCAACAUCAUAAAGGCUAUCCGUGCAAUUAAUGGGAAUUUAAACCAGGAAGUUAGUGCAGAGGAGUUCACUAACCGGGUGUUUGACAAGAUAGAUGUCAAUGGAGAUGGGGAGCUGUCUUUGGACGAGUUUGUGGCAGGAGCUCACACUGACGAAGACUUCAUGGAGGUGAUGAUGAAGACCUUGGAUCUCACCCACAUUGUAGCCAUGAUCCACAAUCGGAGGCACAGCGUUUAGUCUGCCAUCCAAUUCCAUCUUCAGCUGUAAUACACUGCCGAAGGACAACAUAGGAACAAAGCCAUGAAUCUUCUCAAAAGAUCUAGCCCAGAUUGUUAUAAAGGAAAACCUUAUCUUAGCAAUGCUGAAGGGCCAUGCUUUGAAUGCAUAAUUUUUUCUCCAAAUUCACAAGAGGAUGAAUAACAAUGACAAAUGCACCUCAAAUGCAUAGAAAUAACUCAACCACAACUGGCUGAUGAAUGUCUUUAUACAUCUUUGAAAUCGCUGAGGUGAUAUAAAUGAUAAGUAGAGGUGUAAAAAGUACAAAGUAAAAUUUGCUCAGCUGUGUUCACUAGUAUAGUGCUGUUCCGAAUUAAGAUCUUAAUAAAAGGAUAGAGUUAAGGGAGUUCAGAACUAACCAGUGAUCAAUGAAAUAAAAAGAAGUGUGAAAAAAAUUAUUAAGGUCACUGAAUAAUUAUGAACUCCCUUUACCUGGUCAUUUUCAAAACAGCCAAGCACUUUCACUUUGGAUAAGACGGAUCAUCUCCGACCGUCAGCUGACCCUGAGACCCAACUAGGUCAUAACAUAAACAGGCUGGGGGACAAAGGGAUAUUGGAGAGAGUCAAUGCUGUCAGGCAACUUAUCAUGUCAGCCAGGUUUUAUAAAGCCCAUCUUACAUCAUCAGUUGUCACAAAGUACAGAUACCCAGCCAGAAACCCGCAAAGGGCAAACAAUAAGUUGCAUUCCUGACAGUAAGACAUUGCAAUUUUUCAUCCCUACCAAUAAUUACAUUUUUUGAGACAAAACAUAAUCAGUCGAGUGCUUCCUCUCUGACUAUGGGUCGGCUUCUAUGGGAGAAGUUAUUGCUCUCCGACUUCUCUCCCAUUAAAGUCAGUAAUGAAAAAUGACAAACAUAGUUUUUUCUGUGCCAUGACUAAAGAAAUAUGGGUGCAAAUCUACAGGUCAUUGAUAGGUAAUCUAUGGCAUCUUCUGUAAUGUAUUUUUAAAUCACAAAAUAUAAAAUAUUCAUAUAUAUUCACUUUAUUCAUAUUAAGUGUAUUUUUUAAAAUAUAUAUAUAUCAGUGUCAUAUUCAUGAGAUUCUAAUGGACAAACCAUAUGUUUCAAGAGGAAAUAACUUUAUUAAUAAAAAUGAUCUAACAAACAUUGACUUUAUUUCAAAUUAGCUACAUAUCUUCCAACAGUUUACUUAUUUCACAAUCGGCACCAGUUAUGUGGAAAAACACUGGAUACAUAUUGAUGGUAAACUAAACAAAAGUUGGUUUGUGUUUAGGACCAUGUUUCAUAUCUUAUUCAUACCAUUAAGCACUUUGAAAUGCUUUUUUUAAUGUAUUUUACAUAAAAUGACAGACACCUGUAAUAUUCUUCAGUAUCUGAUACCAUGCAUCUAGGUAUUAAGUAAAAUACAAAACUCUUUAAGGUUAAAACUAUUCUAAUAGUUCACUGAAAGACUUUAAACAUUAGAAGUAACAGACUCCCUUUGCAACCCUAUUUGUGACCAAAUUACUUUCCAUAGGUUAGGGACCUCAUAAGUAUGUACUUAAUUUAGUCAUAAAAUUUACAUCUAGCAAAAAACUAAGAUCAGAUAUAUAAAAUAUUUUUCUGUUGAAAGGGGUUACAAGGAGACAGAUGUUGACAGAUUUUUCAUGAUUUAAUACAUUUGAAGUAAUAUCAUCAAACUGUUACAUUUUAAUGUUUUCCUACAAGAUAGUAAACAAUAAAUUUAGUAAAAUGUU